GGAGGGGGCGGGGGUGGCUCAGUGCAAAGUGCAUCCCGAAAGCCCCCUGUCUGGAGCCCCCGCGUCUGGCACUUCGGACCCUGAAUGACCUGGGACCUCGCUGCCCCGAGACCUCCCGUGUCCCCUCGUAGCUGGGAGCCUCCGGCCCGGAGCGCGGCAGCCCCCUGCUCCGAGCCCUUAGACGGGGACUGCCCCCCCACCCGAGCCGGGACUUCCUCCCUGCACCCCUGCCCCGAGGCUGCCCGGCGGCCAGGACCGCCGCCUCCAGUCUGCUCGGCAGUCUGGCUGUUCGCCGGGCUGGGGCCGUGAGGCAUCGAGGAGGAUCAAGAACACCCGUGUCCGGCCCUGCCUGGGCUGUUUCUUCAAUGGAGAAGUUGGUGAGUGUGGAGGAGGCUGAAAGAAAGAAGAGAAGCAGCAGCUGAGGAGACAGGUUUGAGCGGGCUAGGGGAGUCGAGAGAGCAGGAACGGGGCUGCCCACCCAACAGAGAAGCAGCAGAGAACCUCUGACCAGCAUCCUCCAUAAAGGUUAAGAAAGAGCUCAUUGACACCGGAAUCUGGACACGCUGUGAGGCCCCUACUCACGAUGCUGUAUGUGCACAAUGGUUUUUAGGCAAUCCACGUAUCAGGAAAAGGGGCAUUCUUCCCGUAAGGCUGAUCCCUGUGACCUAAUGAAUCCUUUGUAAAAAGUGGACUCAGCUAGGAUGUUACACCACCAUUGUCGAAGGAACCCUGAACUCCAGGAAGAGUUGCAGAUUCAAGCUGCAGUGGCUGCCGGGGAUGUUCACACGGUACGAAAGAUGUUAGAACAAGGCUAUUCUCCAAAUGGCCGGGAUGCUAAUGGCUGGACCCUGCUUCAUUUCUCUGCAGCAAGAGGAAAGGAAAGAUGUGUUCGAGUAUUUCUAGAACAUGGAGCUGAUCCCACAGUUAAGGACUUAAUCGGAGGCUUCACUGCACUUCAUUACGCAGCCAUGCAUGGCCGGGCUCGGAUUGCACGCCUGAUGUUAGAAUCUGAAUACAGGAGCGACAUUAUUAAUGCAAAAAGCAAUGAUGGCUGGACUCCCCUUCAUGUGGCUGCUCACUAUGGUAGGGACUCAUUUGUCCGACUCCUACUGGAGUUCAAGGCUGAGGUCGACCCACUCAGUGAUAAAGGUACAACGCCGCUUCAGCUCGCCAUUAUCCGAGAGAGGUCAAGCUGUGUGAAAAUCCUCCUGGACCACAAUGCCAACAUCGACAUUCAGAACGGUUUCCUGUUGCGAUACGCUGUGAUCAAAAGCAAUCACUCUUAUUGCCGAAUGUUCCUUCAGAGAGGAGCAGACACAAACUUGGGUCGCUUAGAAGAUGGACAGACUCCUUUACAUUUGUCUGCCCUUAGGGAUGAUGUGCUUUGUGCACGGAUGUUAUAUAAUUAUGGAGCGGACACGAAUACAAGGAACUAUGAAGGACAGACCCCACUGGCUGUUUCAAUAAGCAUUUCUGGAAGUAGUCGACCAUGUUUGGAUUUCUUACAAGAAGUCACAAGACAGCCCAGAAACUUGCAGGACCUGUGCCGAAUUAAAAUUCGACAGUGUAUAGGCCUUCAAAACCUAAAGCUACUUGAUGAACUACCAAUUGCCAAGGUCAUGAAAGACUACUUAAAACACAAAUUUGAUGAUAUCUGAUAUACACAGAACUGUGAGCAAGAUUAGGAGUUAUAUUCCAGUUACUUAAAAGGCUUUUUGCCUUGCACAAAGUAUAUCCUAUGCAACUUCUGAUUUGCUGUGAAAUCAGAAAGCAGGUAUACACUUUUAGGUUUUUUUUGUUUGUUUGUUUGGUUUUCAUUGUAGGGGAGGGAUGUUUUUAUAUAUAUAUAAACACACACACACACACACACACACACAUGCUUGAAGGUCUUAAUUUGGUUUCUUGGUCCAAGUUUACGAGGUUCAAGCUUUCUAUACAAUAUUGCAUUUAAAACAAUUGUUUUUCCAAAAUGACACAAGCAGGUUAGGAGUGGAGAAUUUACCCUUUCCAAAUUUAUGGUUUCAUUGAUGUGCACAAUAUUAUAAACCAGCAGAGCACUUGUUACAGUUUGGAGGCACAGUUUUACCCAGGGCAUCCUGGGUUCUACUGGAAAAUGCCCUAAGAAAAUUUUAAAGUAACGCUGUCACCUCAGUCAUUUUUAAUGAGUACAAAUUGGCUGUUUCAAACUGUUCUUUUCCUAAUUAAUGUAGCUUUGGAUGACGUAAAUCCAUUACCUCUGCUUUCCUGUUGGUGUGCUCUUGUUUUUAACUUAUUUUUUUAACAACUGUAGUACACUACCCAGAGACGUUGCGUCUCAACUUCUGUCUCUAGUUGAAUUGUGCUUUUAAAAAAACUAAUGGGAAAGAAAAUAACUUUAUAAAGCCCGUGUAUUCUGUUUUUAAAACAGUGCCUCCAGUGCAGUACUCUUUCUGGUGUAUUUUAUCCAUUAUUUCACUUGAUGUUCCUCAUUCCACAGCUGGCUUUGACAUGCCUAUGAGAACAGGAACCACCACGAAUUUUAAUUGCAGAACCAUAGUAUGUCAGUUGCAAUUUUCAUUUUAAGCUUUGUCUUUUACUUCACUUUAAGCCGAAAAUUUCAUGUCCUGGUGGUAGAGUAUUCCCUAAAAAUAGCCCCAAAUAUUGUUAAACCAUUUGGCUUUAAUGGUUAAAUAACUUGGGGUGGUUUCAUGGUGUUUUUUUCUUCCCAGUUGAAAUACAAUUUCUAAAGGGUAAAA